GCGCCGCUCCGUGCGCGGGCGAGGGAGGGAAAAGGAGGAGGAGAAGAAGAGCGAAGGCAACCACUUAUUCGGGUUUUGCAAAUGUUUUAACGUUUCAUUCUUUUGCAAGAGGCUCCAUAAAUGACGCUGUUGCAAGGGGGGCGGAAGGAGGGAGGGGGGGCGGGAUGCUUUUGCUACCCCCUCCCUUUGCUCCUUCUCCUGGGAGGUGGAGAGAGAGGGAGAAGGGGAGGGGGAAAUCCCGACGGUCGUAUCCGGCUCGCCGUCUCCUGAACAGCCACGAGAGGCUGCCAAGAGCGGGGCUGGGGUUCGCCCCCUCAGGACCCGCCGCGGACCCGCCAUCCCCCUCACGAGGGGAAAUGGCCUGAGGAAGGCGGGUGAGUCCAGCGGGGCGGCGAGUUAUGGGGGCAGCGCGCGCAAAGAGGUAAGGAGCGAGAGGAGAGGUUUCUUGGGGGCGGCGGGGGGUUUCCAUUUCUGGGGAGUCCCGGGGUGGCAGCGGGGCUUGAAAUGUGGACGUGAGGGGGCUGAAUCCUCUCCUCAUGGAGGUGAGCUUUCGAGUGUCUCGGGUGGUCUUCGUGGUGAGUUAUUGGGGGGCAUUUUUCUUUGGGAAGGGGGCGCACGGGAGAAACGCCGAGGCGCUGAGGGGGGACACCUUGGGAAUGGCCGCUUGGGCAGGCCUCGUCGGCGCUUGGCUUCUUUCCAGGCUCCUUUCCUUGAGGGGGGAGGCGGGGGCGGUGGGGGGUGGUCGAGGGCAAAGGUCCCGGAGUGGCCGGAGGGCAAGGAGAAAGAGGGGCUGGGGUGGCGGCUGCAAGUCGCCCACCUUUUAGCCUGCGCGCUCACAGCAUGCUCCUCCAACUACCCGUACCGUCGGCUGCUGCGAGAAAAUUAGACGCAAACAGGAUAUGGCGAAAAAGAAAUUAUUAUUAUUAUUAUUAUUAUUAUUUAUUAAACGAGGGCAUCAGUUGGUAGGAGGGAGGGAGCGUGAAGAGGUUGGGCCCACAGGUGAGCGAGGACGCAGGUGAUGUGAUUAGCUGGGCCCCCAAGCUGUGCCUAGUGGAUAGCAGUGGUUCUCAAACUUUCUCCUCUGGGCCACACUUUCAGAAAUAAGGCUCACACCAAACUGAUUAUUAUUAUCAUUGGUAAGAAAUGCAUUGAAAAGCAAAAAGGAGCGACUCCUAGUAGGGCUUUUAUAGAUAGAUAGAUAAAUAAAUAGCAGGCAUAGGCAAACUUGGCCCUCCAGCUGUUUUGGGACUAAGGUAAAGGUAAAGGGAGCCCUGGCCAUUAGGUCCAGUCGUGACCAACUCUGGGGUUGCGAUGCUCAUCUCGCUUUAUUGGCCGAGGGAGCCGGCGUACAGCUUCCAGGUCAUGUGGCCAGCAUGACUAAGCCGCUUCUGGAGAACCAGAGCAGCGCACGGAAACGCCGUUUACCUUCCCGCCGGAACGGUACCUAUUUAUCUACUUGCACUUUGACGUGCUUUCGAACUGCUAGGUUGGCAGGAGCGGGGAGCGAGCAGCAGGAGCUCACCCUGUCGUGGGGAUUCGAACCGCCGACCUUCUGAUCGGCAAGUCCUAGGCUCUGGUUUAACCCACAGCGCCACCCGCGACUACAAUUCCCAUAAUCCCUGACCACUGGUCCUGUUAGCUAGGGAUGAUGGGAGUUGUAGUCCCCAAACAGCUGGAGGGCCAAGUUUGGCCAUGCCUGGCAUAGAGCAUAACAAUUUUAUAAUAGGACCAUGGGACAUACCGAAAGCGUAAAACAAGGCAGCGACAUUCCAAUUGUGGGAUGUUCUCCCCAGAGCAUCUUGCCUGGCACCAUCACAAGAAGUCUUUAGGCACCAGGCAGGAACAUUCCUUUUCACCCUGGCCUAUGGCUAUGAAAUAAUCUCUGGCCUGUGACAGUGUGGAGAAGUGGACUGUUGUUAUGAAGAUUAUUUUACUACUGUAUUAGACUGUCUGUCAUUAUGUUUUUAUCACUGAUGUUCUGCAGUGUGUUUUUAAUGUUGCACAUCGCCCUGGGAUCUUCUGAUAAAGGGCAGUCUAUAAAUUGAAUGAAUAAUAAUAAUACAUAAGAACAUGAAUCAUUCCCAAAGUAUGAUUAUAAACAAGCCUCUUACAUCCGUACCUUAAGUACAAACUAAUUAGAGGUGUGAGCUUCUUUUUGCCAGGUAAUCUCAUUUAUACUAGGUUUAAUUUGAGACAAACCAACGCUAAUCUCCUCAUCAACACAAAGAAGCCUUUGUUUUUUUCUGAUCUUCCAUAUUGGUUGGAAAAUAUAUUUUGAAAAGAUACCAAUCCAUACUCUGCAUAUGUGCUGUACUAUAGGGAACUGAAAUGUUUAAAUGUUUCUUUGAUUGUCCUUGAAUCUUCCCACCACAUUUGCCAUACUCUCCUGCCAUGCCAAUUUGGCACACCACACCCUUCGAGAACCACUGGUGUAUGGGGACAUAAUAGGAAGAGUUGGAUGGACAGGCUUGCUGAGAGAGACUCAGGGCCCACCUCGAUGCCUCUGGGAAGGAAGGCCACAAGCAGAGUAGGAAGGCAACAGGCCUCUCUUCCACAGUUGACCCCACCCAACUGGGCACCACCAUUUAAGAAGGAUAUUAACAAGCUGGAACAUGUGCAGAGGAGGCUGACUGAGAUGAUUGAGGGUCUUGAAACCAAGCCUUAUGAGGAAUGGUUGAAGGAAUUGGGUGUGUUUAGCCUCCUAAAGAAGAGACUGAGAGGUGAUAGGAUAGCUGUCUUCAAAUAUCUAAAGGGCUGUCGCAUGGAGGAUGAAGCAAGAGUGUUUUCUACUGUUCUGGAGGCUAGGGCCUGAUCCAAUGGCUUCAAGUUACAAAAAAAAAAGAUUACAGCUAAACAUCAGGAAGAACUUUCUGAUAGUAAGAGCUGUUUGACAGUGGAACAGACUCCUUGGGAGUUUGUGAUAGGGUUGCCAUACGUCCAGAAUUUUCCAGAUAUUGCGGGGGUUCAGCUGUUGGAAACCUUUUCCGGGCGGAAAUCACUGAAAUGUCUAGGAAAAUCUGGAUGUAUGGCAACCCAUGUUGGAAGUGUAGAUUUUUGUGAAUUUCCUUAAAAAUAGCUCAAAAACUUCAUUUUUGUUUGAGAUCUUGCAGUACUUUGGGCAAAACUUUAAAAAGCUCCUCCAAAAAAGCCCCCCUCCAAAACGAACAAAAAUACUCAACAACUUUUGUGUCUGUAUUUUCACUUUUUGAAAAAUGGCAACCCUAGGUUGUGAGCUUUCAUUGGAGGUUCUUAAGCAAAGGUUGGGUGACCAUCUGUCAUGGAUGAUCUAGUUAAGAUUCCUGCCUUGCAGGUGGUUGGACUAGAUGACCCUUGGUGUCCCUUCUAUGUCUACAGUUCGACCAUUUCGAGAUCACGGUUAAUAGCAGCUAGCAAUCAUACCUUCUGAUCUUCCCUCGAAGCUUUCUGAGCUGACAACCAUCAGUUACCCUUACCUCGUGGCAACUAAUCCCACAAGCUGAACAGUUUGAAGAUGUAUAACUCCCUGCCCCCAUUAAUUCCAGUUUUAGUGCAAAAAAGGAACCCAAAAUGCAUGGACUCAGUCCCUCACUGAGCUUGCUUGUGCUUUGCUUGUGGGCAGGUCUGAAAGUUUAGCGCAAAGACACCCUUAAUUGAGCGGGGAAUUGUGCUUGCUCAACCCUGCUGCCAUGGGUGGGCAGAGCUGGAGGUGGAGACAUUCUGAACAGCGGACUGAAUUAAUGAAUGGGAAAAGGUGUGUUUGCAGGGGUCUUUCCCCAAGUAAAACCCGAGGCAGAAACUCAAGUGGGAGUGACCAGUCCCGGACCAAACUGAAAACUGAACAGCUAUGUCUACACUUAAUGGAAAGUGUGGAUGAGUCCUUAGUCUUUUCAUGACUAAGUCAUGCACUAGUCAUAAGGGGUAUUUCCAGUCAGUUAUCCUCUUCUCUUUAAUAAAUUUGGGAGUCAUAAGAUCCACACUCACAGUAGUUACGUAUUGCAAAGGCAGCCAGGCAUCCGUGUGCCACUCUUGAGUUGGCUUUCGGGUAAAGUUCGUAUAUUGUCUGUGCAACUGUUGAAUUUGAAGGCUCUGUGCCAGCACACCGCCGUUACUGUGUAUUCAUGUAAACCAGGGGUAGGCAACCUAAGGCCUGGGGGCCGGAUCCGGCCCAAUCACCUUCUCAAUCCGGCCUAUGGACGGUCUGGAAAUCAGCAUGUUUUUACAUGAGUAGAAUGUGUCCUUUUAUUUAAAAUGUAUCUCUGGGUUAUUUGUGGGGCAUAGGAAUUCGUUCAAUUUCCCCCCCCAAAAUAUAGUCCGGCCCACCACAUGGUCUGAGGGACGGUGGACUGGCCCAUGGCUGGAAAAGGUUCCUGACCCCUGAUGUAAACCUUAGGAUCAGUAACCUAUUACAUUUCCCUUUCAUGUGCAAAGCCAUUAAGAGGUCAAGUGGUCAAGGGGGUUAUUCAGUACUAAAUAGCUUGUUUUUAUUUUUAUUAAUGCAGCGUUCUGUAAACUGCCUUGAGACCCCUGGUAUAGGGUGGUAUAUAAAUUCAAUUAAUAGUAGAAUGAAUGAAUGAAUGAAUGUACCACAAAACAGAGAAACAGCCAGGAUUUAUUUUCUAUAAACAGAUUUUGUGUACCCCAAAUAGAUCAGGCGUUAUAUGGCUCCUUAUGUUUAGAAUGAUGCUCAACAUGUAUCGUAGGAAGUGAAUCUCACCGAGUUUCAGUGAGACUUAACUUCCUAGUAAAUACGCUUAGGAUUGCAGCCUUUGUCUCCCUGGAAUUUCUGUCUUGAUGUUUUCUGUUGUGGUUCUUGGCUGUGAUAGCUGUGUCUGGACUGAGCAAAUGAGGGGUGUUUCCUUUAAUUGCGGGGGGAGGGCGGAGAGAUGAAGGAGAUAUUUUACUACCCCAAACUCUUUCCGUAACACAAUCAUCUCACCCGGUAGGCUGGGGGAAGAUUGCAAGGCUAUGAAUGCAAAGGGGUUGGUACAGACACGUUUCAGGUUGUUGCUACUCAUAAUCUGCCUCCGUGAAAGACAGCUGCGCGUCACCCCCGCUGAGUGGUCUAGAUGCAUAUAAUGUUCAUGCCCUGUAAUAGGGGGAGGAGAAAAGGGCUGUGCCGGGUUGCCUCAAACAAUAGCGAGCCUGGAACGUCUUUCUUCCGCUGUCAAAACUUGUUUUCUCAUGAGCACGGAAAGCACUCUGCUUCCCUGGGAAUGCCUGUUGUCCUAAUGACGAUUCUGCCACAUUUAGAAGCGCUCCGAUGUUUGUCUUGCUUCAUUGUCCUUUUACGUCCCAUAUCUCUCGAUGCCUCCUUGGCUUGAACUGGUUUCCCCCCCUCCUGGAAACGGCUGGAGACGGUAAGUAUUUGCGCCAGAUGCAUGCAGACACAGACUCGUCCUUUCAACAAAAGAAGCAUCCAUUAAUGGGGGGAAACUUUGGAUCUUUUGAGUGAGCUUGGCUUUCAAGAACAGAUGUGGGAGUUUCGUUUUUUGAAAAGGGAAAAAAAAAUAAGCAGUUCAAGUUCUAGGUGUGAACAGGAUAUUGAUUUGUAGGUUUUUCCCCCAGGGGGUUUCGACAGAGGGAACAUUGCAGCCGUGAACUUUGUCGGUUUGAACCCACUGAUACAAAAUCUUUAAUUGAAUUAAAGUGUUUUGGGAGGCAUAUGGAGAGUAGAAGGGAUGGAGAUUAACAGCAUUGCAUUAUUCCUUCCUGAUUUAUGAUAAAUCUUCACCUUUUGAAAACUGUUGUUGGGGUUUUUCAGCUUAGCAUAGGCAAGAGGGUUUCAAUUUUAAAAAAAAGAUAAAACUAUAAAUACCCAUUAAAUUGUCAUGUACACGUGUAUUUGGUAGCCUGAUAGUUUGGGGAAGAUCCAAACAAAUAUAGAAGGUCAACUGAGUAAAAGCUGCAGAACUGCAUUUUGCUUGCAAAUUUGCCCACACUUCUAAGGAUUUGAAAUAGCAAAUGACUGGUUACAUACUCCAUUUGAUUUUAUGGUGCCAUGGAAUUGUUUAAUGUUUGCUAUAUAGCCUAACCCUUUGGGUGAUAUAUUGUGUAGACUAUAUCUUGGUUUUUGUUUUGUUUUGUUUUUGUUUUUUGGGUGUGUUUUUUUUGAUGCAUGCAUUGUAUGUUGUAACCAUGCUAAGUAUUCUUGUAUUUUGCAUUCCUGCUACCUUUGGCACACAGCUGAACUUCCGCUGUUGCUCAGGAGUAUUCACCACUUCCUCAGGCUGCUCCGCACAUCUGAACAAGUAUUUCCUGUCCACAAAGGUUCAUGAUUCAGUAAAUCAGUGGCUCUUUUCCAGUCCUACCACACUCGUCCUUUUGCUGCUACUUUUCUAAGAUUUCAAAAUGUGGAAUAUUUCACAUUUGGCCUUGGAUUAAUUUCUUUUUUGCCGUUACCGUCCCAGCUCUCCAUUUGUCAAGAUCAUCCAGUUACUUGAUGGGUCAUCUCUAAGCAUGAGUGAGCCUAGAACCAAAUCUUAGCCUCUAAAACCUUUUCAGUCCCUCCCACCCCAGUCCAUGAGGUGCUGCGUUCAUUUUUGUCCCUUCUUGGAGGUUAAUUUUGCGUAUUAUUAAAUAAUGUUUUGUGCAAACUUUGUUGUUCUGAGUGAGCUCGGCGUGGGGUUUGGUAGUACCACCACAGUUCCUUUUCGGUGGGGCUUAGUUAAGAUUGCUGAACAAAACUUAAUGUACCAUAGGCACUUCGUUAUACCUAAGGCACGAGUUCAGCGCACAGACCUAAAGAGUAGAUGUCCAGCUAGCUAUGUAGUAGAUUUGAUGUGUGCACCUUGGGAGACGCAGUAACUUGAGUGCUUUGCCCAAUAAGGAAUGAAACUGCCACCUGUUGUUCUCCUUGGACUACGUGGGCUCAGGACAUCAAUGCAGGGGGAUCCAAACUUGGGAUCUAGGUUAGGGGAACUGUGUGGCAUCCAGGUUGUGGGAGAUCCUUCCUCCUUCUCCAUAUGAUGAAACAGCAUUUGCAAUCAGGAUUUGGGGUAGGUGGGAUGGAAUGAGUUGAGACUGUGUUUUGUGGAUGCACCUACUGGUAGGCACCAUUCCAAAGUUGGAACUUUCGCAGAUAUUAAUGUUUUUAGAAGCAUAGAGUCGGACAGAGCAUGUUGGACUGUCGUAGUCCAAUCCCCUGCUCAUAACAAAGGUUCCUCCAACAGACGUCUUUCCAACCUCUGUUUGAAGAUCUCCAGCAAACAAGCGCACUCCCCCAGCUGAGUUCUUUUCUUGAACCACUCUUAAACAUUAAAAUGUUUAUUCUAAUGUCCGUUGAAGUCCAUUAGAUCUAGCCUUGCGCUUUGGGACGUUAGAGUAUUUUAAGUCUUUCAUUUAUUUUAUUCAUUCAGCUUUUUGGGGAGGGUAAAGUUUAUGAUGAUUAUUUCAUUUAAAAAUGUAUAUAAAAUGGAGAUAACCAAUUACGAAAACAUACAAAAAUUAAAAGAUGAAAAACAAUAGGCAUGUAGAACCAUAGAGUUGGAAGGGACCCUGAGGGAAUAUGCAGCUGUCCUAUAUGGGGAUUGAACCUGCAACCUUGGCAUCAUCAGCCCCGCACUCCAAACAACUGAGCUAUCUAGGCUGACAGACAUAGAAUUAAGUAGUUGCCCAUGAGUUAAAAUAACAAAAGCCCAAGUAGAGACUAUCAUCAAGCAUAGUUCCAGAUUUGUCAGGCUUGAGGUGAGGACUGUCUUGAAAAUCAUGGUUCCGCUCUAUACGUCGUAAGGGAAUGCCAACGUCUGUUGGUUCUAGUCCUGGUUGAAAUCUCAAAUCGAGCAUAUUUUUUACAGCUAUAUUGCAGAGCGAGUGGUACCAAGUGUCCCAAUUUCAUUCAUUCAUUUAAAACACUCCCACCCCACUUUUCAAAAAAGUUCAAAGCAGUUAACAAAAUACCGUCAGGUAUUUUAAAGCUAUAAAAAUGGAAAUCGGGGUAGAAUAAAGCAGUAAAACUUCAUUACAUAAAAGGAGAAGCAAACGCAGCAGCUAAUCCCAUAAAGAUGAAACCAGAACAUCAGUCAAAACCGGUGGAUCAAAGUUCGCUAGAAUCACACCAGGCUGUAUUGGUAAUCUAUAGCUAAGCUAUACCAGGAACUCUUGCUUCUUUUCAUAGUGCUUGUGUGUGUCACAGAGGCUCAAUGGUCUCUUGUCAGAGGAUGAGUGGCUGGAUUUAGUGCUGACCACUUGAGUAGGGCGGCCGUUGCAUCAUCUUUGCAUGAAGCUACGCUGUCCGUCCGUUACCCUUUUCUUAUGAAUGGCUCAUUAUCUCAGGCUGCCCCCUUCCUCCCUCUUUGACCUUCCUCUUCUUCCCACAGUCUUCCUCGUCAAAAAGAACGACAUUUCGAACUCCCGUCAGGAUGAUUCCGCUGUAAGGAAUGCUGGUUUGCAACGUUAUGUGAAGUUUUUUAAACCAAGGGGUGACUAAAGUACUGCCAAGCAGUGCGUUCCUCAAGUGACUGGAAAUGUUGUUUUCUGUAGAAAUUAUAAUAAUAGCUUUAUUAUUUAUACCCCACCCAUCCAACUGGGUUGCCCAAGCCACCUUUGGGCGGCUUCCAACAAAUAUAAGGGCACAAUAAAACAUCGAACAUUAAAAUAAACCAAAAACUUUCCCUAUACAGGGCUGCCUUUAAUUGGCUAAAUUUGAAAUCCAGAUGCUGAAUUUCAAAGUAAUGCAUUUGAAGAACUGAUUAAAUAAUAGGACCGGAUUCCUAAGAGAGGAUUCCUAAACACUCUUGGCAGUAAUAAUUGCUUGAGGCCCAUUUGCCCGUCACAGAGGGCUUAAAUGCACCUUUUUGGAAAGAGGGGCUACUGCUGACCUAAAAGCAUUCCCACAUGUCUCCCCAGUGGUGCAUGGGGUGGGAGGAAAUGUGUGGUGUGGCACUAUUGAAAUCCAGCAUUUCCAUCAGCAAAGAUAAGUUGUUUUCACCUGCCGUGCACAUUUCAGUGUUUUCCUACAGUAUAAGAUUAUUUGCGAAAACAGUCAACACUGGGGUUGACUAUUCACCUGUUUAUAACAAUUUCCGGAGGGAUACAUCCUUGUUGUAUUCCUCAAGUGUAUACUUCAUAGGGUAGGAAAUGGCACCAGGAUCUCCCAAAUUCUGCUCCUCAAAAAGCUCGAUUCUGUGACUUGUAUAAAGGACAUGUAGUUAGCAAAUUUGCCAGAUCUACUUAGUGGGGCGUUAGAGCUGUGCUGAAGACCCAGCCUGCCCAUCACCUACCCCCAGGACUGGCUUUUGGGAUAUUACCUGGCAUUGCUCACAUUGGUUUGAAAUCUGCCUUCAGAGAGUUUUGGACUAGCAGCCGAGUUCCUUAAACCAAGGCAGAGGAAAGGAAAAAGGAAUCCAGUUAGUCUUGGGGUCCUGAAUUCUGCGCCCAGUACCAAUUUGUGAAAUCGGAAAUGCUCACAUCCCUGCCUGCUAGACUGUUAACUUUACUGUGCAGUUAAUUAAGUGUAUGUGGACCCUGUGAGUCUGUGAGAUUAAUUGGGGCUUCCUUUCCAAGCUAUAAAUAAAUAGGAAGAGGGGGGGUGUAGGGGUUAUGCAUGUAUGUAAGUUGAAAUGCAAUGGAAAAUUUGAAUCGGAUGAGUUGAUGCAAGAGGCAUUUCCCUAUGGAGUCACUGGGCUGCAAAAUGUUUUAUUUGCUUAAACUCAAACAGAUGCUUCAAAAUACUCUCAGAAUGAGUGUUCUUGUGCCAGUUUAACUCACCUCCCCACUUUGGUUUGUGAACAUUGGUUUGCUGCAUGUAACUACGCCAAAACGGUGGACGUACCAUCAUUGUGGCACUGCCACCUGCUCCCUUUGAACUGACUCUUGUGCUGCAGGUAAAGAGGUGUGUUUAAACCUUCUGAAAACAAAUACAUCCUUUGAGAUUAAAAAUAAUUUGGAAGUCGUGGGUAAGUUGAAGGAAGACCCACGUAUCUUUAAACCUAUGCUGUUGUUGUUUAGUCGUUUAGUCGUGUCCGACUCUUUGUGACCCCAUGGACCAGAGCACGCCAGCACUCCUGUCUUCCACUGCCUCCCACAGUUUGGUCAAACUCAUGCUGGUAGCUUUGAGAACACUGUCCAACCAUCUCGUCCUCUGUCGUCCCCUUCUCCUUGUGCCCUCCAUCUUUCCCAACAUCGGGGUCUUAUCUAGGGAGUCUUCUCUUCUCAUGAGGUGGCCAAAGUAUUGGAGCCUCAGCUUCAGGAUCUGUCCUUCCACUGAGCACUCAGGGCUGAUUUCCUUAAGAAUGGAUAGGUUUGAUCUUCUUGCAGCCCAUGGGACUCUCAAGAGUCUCCUCCAACACCAUAAUUCGAAAGCAUCAAUUCUUCGGCGAUCAGCCUUCUUUAUGGUCCAGCUCUCACUUCCAUACAUCACGGAUGGUGUGUAUCUCUUCAUAAAUUAUUCAUAGAUUAUAAAUGGUAUAUUUGGGGACAUAGGAGGCAAAAGAAGUUCAAAUUUGGAGUUUUUUAUUUAGUUGGAGGGGAGAUGGCAAAAUAAGGAUAUGAUAGAGAUCACACAUAACAUGAAUGAAAACUGCGCAUAAUAUGAAAAUAUAUAAAGAGAAAACAUUAUUCUGAUCCUAGUAUGGAACGUAGAAACCCAGUGAGAUUGGCAGUAAAUUGAAAAGGACCGUGCAUCUUCCCACAAGACAUAAUUUAUGGAAUUCCCUGCCACAAGGUGUAGUGGUGGCCAUAGACUUAAAGGUAAAGGGACCCCUGACUGUUAGGUCCUGUUGCUGAUGACUCUGGGGUUGUGGCGCUCAUCUCGCUUUACUGGCCAAGGGAGCCGGCAUACAGCUUCCAGGUCAUGUGGCCAGCAUGACUAAGCCGCUUCUGGCGAACCAGAGCAGCACACAGAAACGCCGUUUACAUUCCCGCUGGAGCGGUACCUAUUUACUUGCACUUUGAUGUGCUUUUGAACUGCUAGGUUGGCAGGAGCAGGGACUGAGCAAUGGGAGCUCACCCUGUUGCGGGGAUUCGAACUGCCGACCUUCUGAUCGGUAAGCCCGAUCAGUGGUUUAGACCACAGCGCCACCCUUUAGCCAUAGACUUAGGUGGAUUUAAAAGGGGAUUAGACAAAUGCAUGGAGAAUGGCUCCCCCCCACCAAGCAGUUUGUCAUGAUAAGCAAAUGGAGUCUCUAUGAGUCAACUUACCUUUGGUCCUGGGGCAGACAAUAGGGUAUGAAUAUUGCCUGGAUACUUGAGAGCUUCUUGGAAGUAUUUGGCUGGCCGAUGCCAGAAGAAAGAUGCUGGAUUAGGCCAUCUCUUGGUCUGAUCUAGGAGGGCACUUAAAGAUUUAAAUAUUUGCCCCAACAGCUGUAUAUACCCAAGUCCCGUUGAGUGCGCUAGGUUGCUUUCUGUGUGGGAUCCCAUUGAGUUUCUGAGAUCCCCAUAGGCACCGUGGUUUUUCAGACUACUACAGUGGUGCCUCGCAAGACGAAAAUAAUCCGUUCCGCGAGUCUCUUCGUCUAGCGGUUUUUUCGUCUUGCGAAGCAACCCGCUUAGCGGAUUAGCGCUAUUAGCGGUUUAGCGGCUAUUAAAGGCUUAGCGGCUAAAAGGCUAUUCGCGGCUUAGCGGCUAAAAGGCUAUUAGCGGCUUAGAAAAAGGGGGGGGAGCGAAAAAAAUCGCAAGACUUGCAAGACGUUUUCGUCUUGCGAAGCAAGCCCAUAGGGAAAUUCGUCUUGCGAAGCGCAUCGAAAAACGGAAAACCCUUUCGUCUAGCGGGUUUUUCGUCUUGCGAGGCAUUCGUCUUGCGGGGCACAACUGUACUUGUUCAGUAGCUCUCUCUGCUAAACCACACAAGCUGUCUCAAAGCUUACUGUUACAUGCUAGGAGUAUCUCUUGUGUAUACGCAAAAACAUCUGGUCGGUUUGCUGCUACUUUCCCUGAUUCAAAUAGGGCAUAUAAAUGCGGUACAGUGUCACACGGGCACUGGGCCACACCUGUGGAUGCACAAGGCUUGUUGAGCAUGCUUUUUCUAGGCCUCCACUGGGGAUGUGAUGGGUUAUGGCUUUGGAGUUUGUGUGUGUUCUCGGAUUCAGGAUACAAUAUUCUCCCUCCCUCUUGUGCAUGUAGAAACCAUUUUGUGAUUUUGUGGAUUGUGCAUUUGUGGAUUGUGUGGGUGUGCACAUAAUUAGUCUAGUCCGGAUUAACGCUCAUAGCAUUAAAAACUCAUUCCAAAAAGGACCAAACACAGGUUAGAGCUCAACGUAAAACCUACCAUGUGGUGAUAGCGAUCCUCUUUGCCACCUCUGUUGCACCUGUGGAAAACAGUUCCAGGAUAUACUUUCAGGUGGUUCAUAGUCUUAACACCUUCGACAUCAGGGUUGGUGGGGAUCUCCUGUAAUUAUUUUGCAAAGGUUUUUUGCAGAUAAAAUCGCUCAGAUUUGGAAGAAGGAAUAGUCUCCACCAUAGUAGCAUGGUUGAGGUGCCAGAGCUCUUGUCUGAGUCAGGUUGAAUGGGAUCAGUUUCAACCUGUUACCUAUGAGGAUGUGGACAGGCUGCUUGGGCGACUGAAACUGACCACCUCUCUCCUUGAUCCUUGCCCAUCCUGCCUCAUAAAAGCAAGCUGGGAAGGGCUGGGCAAUGGGCUCUGCGGGGUGGUGAAUGCCUCCCUCUUCAAGGGAGUUUUCCCUGAACCCUGUAAAGAGGCGGUUAUUAAACCGCUUCUUAAAAAAAAUAUUUUUGGUCCUGGCCACUAUGGCCAAUUAUUGCCCAGCCUCAAAUCUUCCAUUCCUGGGCAAGGUGAUUGAGCGGGUGGUUGCUGAACAACUCCAGGCAUGCCUGGAGGAUGCGAACCCUUUGGAUCCCUUCCAAUCGGGACUCAGGCCCCAUCAUGGGACUGAAUCUAUCUUGAUCAUGCUGGUCAUUGAUCUCUUGCAGACUAAGGAAAAGAGGUGAAAGCUGUUUCUGGUCCUGCUGCAUCUCGCAGUGGCUUUUGACCAUGGUAUCCUUCUGGACUUUUCUAGUGGGGCUGGGAGCUGGGGGCACUGUUACGCAGUGGUUCCGCUCCUUCCUCCUGGGUUGUGUCCAGAAAGUGGUGUUGGGGGCAGUGUUCAAAACUCCCAUUGUUCUAGGCACAUUUUGCGACAGGGAAUUUCAUUCGCGUGAGCAGUUUCUGAGCUCUGGGCGCAGUACUGUGCCUAAUAUUUCAGAUUAAAACUGUAGAGUGGAAGGAAAGGAGGACCUUUUUCAGCCUCCCAGCUUCCAGCUACUCUCUGAAGACUGGAGAAGAGACCCUCUUAAGAAUAUUAGGAGGGUGGGCAGGGGAAGGACUAGACCCAUGUGAAAAAUGAACAUCAUAUUUUAGCUGCAGUUCAUUUAUUUUCAGCUUUGUAUUCUUGUUAUUAAAGCACACCUAGACAUUCCGUUGUUGCGCUCAUAACCUAGGUUUAAGGUGCCAUUUAGCUCCUAGCUUUCAUAUCUCAGUUUCUAACACUGGCUGGGAGGUAAGUUUUCGGACCAACGGGCGCUCACUUGUGGGGUGCCUCAGGGUUCCAUCUUCUCCCCCAUGCUUUUUGACAUCUACAUGAAGCCGCUGGAAGAGAUCAUCAGGGGUUUAGACUGGAUGUUCAUCAUUAUGCGGAUGGUACCCAGCUCUACCAGAUCAGAACAAGUGAGGGCGCUGAAUGUCCUGUUCGGGUGUCUGAAGAUGCUUGUGGGGGAUGGACUGUGGCUAACUGAUUGAGGUUGAAUCCUGACAAUAUGGAAGUAUUGUUUCUGGGGGGCAGGGGGUGGGCAGGUGUGGGAGGUUUUUACUCUAAGAGGCUUAGUUCAGUCAGAAUUGAGUAUACGCUUCCAGAGUUAAUGCUUAAUACAUUACUUCUAGUAGAUGAGCCAACAUACCUGUUAGAAGGCCAUGAACAUUUGUGUCCCAGGCUUUUUAGACGCAUCUACCCAUGUACUAGGUAAAAAAAGGUAAAGGACCCUAGAUGGUUAAGUCCAGUCAAAGGUGACUAUGGGGUUGCAGCGCUCAUCUCACUUGAAGCCAAGGGAGUCGGUGUUUGUCCACAGGCAGUUUUCCAGGACUAAACUGCUUCUGGUGCAACAGAGCACCGUGACGGAAACCAGAGCGCACAGAAACACUGUUUACCUUCCCGCUGGAGUGGUACCUAUUUAUCUAGUUGCACUGUCAUGCUUUCGAACUUCUAGGUUGGCAGGAGCUGGGACAGAGCAACAGGAGCUCAUUCCGUCACAGGGAUUCAAACUGCCAGCCUUCUGACUGGCAAGCCCAAGAGGCUCAGUGGUUUAGACUACAGCGCCACCCGCGUCCCACAACCCAUGUACUAUCUGAAACCAAAGGGGCACAUUGGUUGCCAGGUGUGAAAUAUGUUUGCAUUAUUUUCAGGUCUCCUACCCCACUAUGUGAUCUAAGCUAUAGACUGGCUUACCAUCACACCAGAAGCUGGGUUUGCGAUUUAUCUCACUCUAAACAAAACCACAAGCUGUAUAGCUAAGAUUUGUUCCAUGGUUAACCGCUUGUGGUUUGACUGUGGGAGAUAAACGUAUUGGGUUCAUACGCAACACUAACCCGACAGCAGUGUGGUAGACCGGAGGAGGCACUAAGUGGCCACAGUCUUAUCUUAGUCAGUAAAGCAUGAGACUCUUCAUCUCAGGGUUGUGAGUUCGGGCCCUGCAUUGGGCAAAAGAUUCCUGCAGUGGGUUGGGCUAGAUGACCCUCACAGUACUUCCCAUCUCUACAAUCUGAUGGUUCUACAAUUUCAGCAAACUAUCAGUAUCUCUGGCUCAGGCCUGACAUUUAGCAAUGAAGAGAAGUGCAUCUGCUUUUCCAAAGGCUGAAAAGUGUUGCCCAGCAAACAUCUUAAGCCUGGUUAUACCCCCCUUCCCAAAGUGGCUUGCCUCUCAUGCCAAUGCAUUUGUUCAGUUUGCGAUAGAAACUUCACUUUACUCCUGCCCCACAUAAGAUGCUUUUCAGUGGAUAAGCUACUGGUUGCAUGGAACCAGAUGCCUGCUACUAGUGAUGUGGUUUGAUUCCUUAGUCCAGGGGUCAGCAAACUUUUUCAGCAGGGGGCCGGUCCACUGUCCCUCAGACCUUGUGGGGGGCCGGACUAUUUUUUUUUGGGGGGGGGAGGAAAUGAACGAAUUCCUAUGCCCCACAAAUAACCCAGAGAUGCAUUUUAAAUAAAAGGACACAUUCUGCUCAUGUAAAAACAUGCUGAUUCCUGCAUCGUCCGCGGGCCGGAUUUAGAAGGCAAUUGGGCCGGAUCCGGCCCCCGGGCCUUAGUUUGCCUACCCAUGCCUUAGUCUUUCCCCUUGUGUCCGAAUGUUCCCCGCUUGCUCUCCUCUGCCUGGGUUUAGAAGGCCCAAGAUAGAGUGUGCUGCUUUUGAGGCGUGCCUGAUUCCCCCAACGCCUUUCUUUAUAGAAAUUCACCACUGCGUUGAUUGACACACCCAUCCCACCCACCCACCCCAUGGCUGUGUGGCAGAUUACUGUAUCUGCUGAAACCGCAGUAAUGUGCCAUGGUGGAAAUGGAUUAUGUUUCCUGGACAUAUAUUUAUUCAAAGCAAAUUAUACUUCUUUUACGAGCCCUGAAAGAGUGCUCAAGGAAGCUUAAAUCAUAAAACGGGAGUUAAAUACCGUGUUGUAAAAAUCCAUUUGUUCCACGGUAAGAUAGUGAAGCUUCUGCAGAAAUUCACCUGGGCACUGCAGCUGUUGUGUUCAUGCUUGUUCCAGACGUUUCAUGGCAUGGGUACUUGAUGUGAAGUGUUGCUGCCUUUUUACACCAGAGAUACUGAAUUGAUCGGGGGCCUGUGAGUUGUUCUUUUUUUACAGUGCACAUCUGGGCUGCUGAUUUAAGGCACAGCUGGACCCUCUCGUGUAGACUAUUCCAAUUCCAUUAUUUAUUUCCAUUAUUUAUUUCCCCCAUUUUUCCUCUGGUGACAUGCACAACUUGUGUGUGUGUGUGUUUUAAAUAGUCUAGGUGUCUUUUUGGAUUGAAAGUUGUUUUUUAAUUGAAAAUGUUGCUGAUAGGUUGGUAACCAGAAAAACAGCAGGGUUUUCUUUAAUUAUUUUUUUUUACAGUAUUACUUAAUUAGUGCUAUCAAUGUUGUUUCGUUUCAGUAUUACAAAGCAGAAUAUCUUAAUGUCCAGAAGCCAAAAUUAUUUUAGGAGUAAUUCAAAGAUUGAUAGAAAAUAUAAAUGGGAUGCUAAGAUAGUGCUCGCCAAAAAAGUAGAGUGAAGUUAUAUGAAACGGCAGUAGCUUCACAAGUUUGCCUGUCAGAUAGAUCCCAGCACAACUUGAAACCAUGGGAAGACAGAAGAGUAUGUUAGGAAAGUAUGGGAACUGCCGCCACUAUUCCAUUUCCUUCUCCCUAAGUCAAAUUUUUUACCGUCUGAGAUUGGUUACAGUUGGGAGUUUAUUAGGGAAUCGGUGGUGUCCAUCCUUCAAGGUUUUGCCAAGCCCACCCACUGCCAUUCCAAAUGCCAGCCUGUAAUUUUUGAUAAGGUAUUUAAUCCAGAUUUCAUCUUUCCUUGGGCAGUUUUAGUGGUCAGUUUGUCAUGCUUAGUUGGAGAUCUGUCUACACCUCUUUGAUCCCCAGUGGAGUGCAAUAGGUCUUACUCGGUUUCCUAGAUAGCAGCGGAAAGGCACCUAUUUCCACCAGUUGCUAAAGAAUGUCUGAAUAUAAACAGCCCGGUUCAGAUGACCCAUUCUUCCAAGAUCUGCACGCUGUCAAUGCAGGGAAUUACCUCUCAGGGGGGUAUUGCAGUACAGUGGUACCUCAGGUUAAGAACUUAAUUCGUUCCAGAGGUCCGUUCUUAACCCGAAACUGUUCUUAACCUGAGGUACCACUUUAGUUAAUGGGGUUUCCCGCGCCGCCACCACGCAAUUUCUGUUCUCAUCCUGAAGCAAAGUUCUUAACCCGAGGUACUAUUUCUGGGUUAGCGGAGUCUGUAACCUGAAGCGUCUGUAACCCAAGAUACCACUGUAGAAACACGAGGCUUUUAAAAGAAAGCAGAGGUUGAGAUCUUGUGCAAUGCCUUUUUGUCAAAAGUUUGCUGUUUCUUUUCUGCCCUGUGUGUUUUUAGUUGGGGGCGUAGUUGUGCGGUUAACGCUACAGGGGGCCUAAGGGCCUUUGUUAUGUUUUUCAGUAUUGCCACCCCACCAAAUCAAACAACUGAUCAAUAUAUUACUCUUGGGACUUAUCCACACUGGAGUUUGCUGUACUUUUGCAGCUGUUGCAUUUCUCUUAAAUUUGAGUAGUCCGCAUGAUGUUACCCUUAAAUGCAGGCUUCCUCAACCUCGGCCCUCCAGAUGUUUUUGGCCUACAACUCCUAUGAUCCCCAGCUAGCAGGACCAGUGGUCUGGGAUGAUGGGGAUUGUAGUCUUAAAACAUCUGGAGGGCAGAGUUUGAGGAAGCCUGCUUAAACGACACCAGUCUCAAUGCUUCCCCACCUGUAAAUUUGGGUUUGUCUGAUCCAAGGAUGAUCCAAUAAGGGGAGACAUUAGCCUUCAAAGCACUCCAUUUGGGCUUGCAAAAAGUGGUUUGGUUUUGGGAUGGGUGAAUCAACUCUUGACUUGGUGCUUUUCCCCUUCCCAUGCCCAGAACUUCCUUGAUGCUUUCUUUAUUUUCUGGCUGUGCUCGUAACUAUUUCUGGCACACUCCUGAACGGAUCCCCCCCCCCCCCGGUGAUUCCUCAGAUUUGCAAAGGGGGCAAAAAAAGGAAAACUGUGCAAGCAGCCCACAUUAAAAAUAGUAUGCUGAGAAUUUACAGUUGCCUGGCCUGAGUCUAUGCUUUUCUGCACUUCAGGGCAUGGAAAAUAUUUGAAAAACAAAGUGUGUGCACAUUUGUGUACAUGCAUGGUUGGUACUUAAUUAGCACAAUGGGGGAGGGAAUCAGACUCUAAGGCAGUGCCUACUGGCUGGUUCUCGUUUUCCUUUUGGAACAUGGGUGUGUUGCGAAUGAUGUAACAUAGGUGUGUGUCAAAGGCACACUAGUAAGGAGAUGAAUAAAUUUUGUGGGUUUGUGUGCCAGUCUGUCACGGUGGUCCUUGUCAUGGCUCAUGGUUUUCAGAAGCAGCCACUCCUGACAUCGGAGCUGUCUGGAUGCGUACUCCAAGCCCUUGGUGCAUGACCUCUCAAAAAAGCCUGCAGGGGGGGUGUUUGCGUGCCUUGCCUCUGCUACUGUCAUGCCCAUUCACACUUCACAUUUAAUCGUAGGUGAAACGUGCUCUUUUGUGCGAGGUUAUUGAUUUUUCCCCCAAGGAGUGGGCUUCGAGCGAAACUGUUUCCGAAAGCAGUUUCACAUGAGCAAAAGAAAGCGGGUUUAGCCCCCCAAAAGUCCUGAGCCAACCCAAUCCCGCUGUUUGUUUGUUUGUCGUUUUGUUCUUAAACUGUGUUUCUAUCUUCCUCUUCUUUUAAAGAGUGCAGACAGAUGUACCAAUUUGAGAGCAGUGGAGCCACUUUGAAAGUUCCCCUGCUGAUCUCCAUAUAAACAUACCUUAUUUUGCCCCAGGAUAAACUAUGCUGAAAGGAUUUGGGCAUGUCUUCAGUGCGGUUUAGCUUAAACUGGAGAAAAACUGGCUGUGAAGCUGUUACCUAAAACCCACCAACACCUUUGCAACCAUUCCUGGAGCAGUUUUUGCAGCUGCUUUUGCAAAUUUAAUUUGAUAAGAUAAAGGAAGAGUGCGGUGAUACACUGCAACGUUUUACGUUUUUGGGAAAGCAGCAUGGCUGAGUCAGCAUCCUACUGCAGGGGAGGGCAACCAGGAUGAUCAGGGGUCUGGAAACCAAACCUUGUAAGGAAUGGUUGAGGGAAUUUGGGUAUGUUUCGCCUGGUAAAGAGGAGACUGAGAGGAGAUCUGAUAGCCAUCUUCAAAAAUCUAAAGGGCUGUCCCAGGAAGGAUGGAGCAAGCUUUUUGUUGUCAUGAGUUCAGCCUACACAUGAGUAGGGCCCUGGUAGAGACACAUGCCCGACUGGGUAUUUUUCUCCUGCUACGGAGGGUAGGACCCAAUCCAAUGGAACCAAGUUACAAGAAGGGAGAUUCUGACUAAACAGGAAGAACUUUCUGACAGUAAAAGCUGUUUGAACAGACUCCCCUGGGAGGUCAUGAGCUGUCCUCCUUUGGAGGUUUUUAAGCAGAGGUUGGAUAGCCAUCUGUCAUGGGUGAUCCAGUUGAGAUUCCUGCCUUGCAGAGGGUUGGACUAGAUGACCCUCAGGAUCCAUUCCAAAUCUACAGUUCUGUGAUUCUUAAGUUGCAAAGCUGGGAUGGCACUGUCCCAGCUCCUGCCAACCCAGCAGUUUGAAAGCACACCAGUGCAAGUAGAUAAAAGGGUACUGCUGUGGCGGGAAGGUAUAAACGGCGUUUCCAUGUGCUCUGGCUUCCAUCAUGGUGUUCUGUUGCACCAGAAGUGGUUUAGUCAUGCUGGCCACAUGACCCGGAAAGCUGUCUGUGGACAAAGGCCGGUUCCCUCAGCCUGAAAGCGAGAUGAGCCCCCCAACCCCAUAGUCUCCUUUGACUGGACUUAACCAUCCUUUACCUUUACAUUUACAGGUGAUUUAUCCUCAGUUACCACUGCCGAGGUUAGGUUUUAGGUCUGAGAACGUAUUUUAUCUGUGUGCAAAACCUAACACACCAGCCUUGUUUAAGUCACAAUUGCCAUUGAUAGCAAUGUAGCUCCUGCAACGUAACUAAAAAGUGUUCCUAAACUACUACUACUAAUAAUAAUAAUAACAAUUUUAUUAUUUAUGUGCUUCCCAUUUGACUGGGUUGCCCCAGCCACUCGAGGUGGCUCCCAGCAAAAUGUUAAAAACACAAUAAAACACCAAACGUUAAAAACUUCCCUAAACAGGGCUGCCUUCAGAUGUCUUUUAAAAGUCAGAUAGUUGUUUAUUUCCUUGAUAUCUGAUGGGAUGUGCUAAACGGCCUCGGUCCAGUAUACCUGAAGGAGCGUCUCCACCCCCAUCGUUCUACCCGGACACUGAGGUCCAGCGCCAAGGGCCUUCUGGUGGUUCCCUCACUGCGAGAAGCCAAGUUACAGGGAACCAGGCAGAGGGCCUUCUCGGUAGUGGCACCCUCCCUGUGGAACACCCUCCCACCAGAUGUCAAAGAGAACAAGAACUACCAGACUUUUAGAAGACAUCUGAAGGCAGCCCUGUUUAGGGAAGCUUUUAAAGUUUGGUGUAUCACAGUAUUUUAAUAUUCUUUUGGAAGCCGCCCAGAGUGGCUGGGGAAACCCAGCCAGAUGGGCGGGGUAUAAAUAAAUUAUUAUUAUUAUUAUUAUUAUUAUUAUUAUUAUUAUUAUUGUGAUUUGGGCUGCUUUCCCCCCUUCCUUGGUACCUUUCCCCUUUCCAUGCUAGUAGGAGCAUGCAAGAGAGCAUGGAAAGCUUCUUUUGAAUUUUCAGUACAGGACAUGCAAUUUUCUGUGUCUUCCAACAAUCUGUGUGCCUGGAUUUGAUGAAAGAGCAAAGGCAGCUAAGUUGACAUAUUAAAUUUUUUUGACUGCAGAAAAACAUCCCGUGGAUCUAUAGCUGCGUCCCUGUCCCCCCCCCCCCCCGAUUUCUUCCCCCAGAUAUUUUGACAUCUUGGUUUUAUGCAUAGAACAAAGAUCUAAGGUCUAAUAAUUUCACAAGUGGUUUUUAGAUUCUUCGGAAAAGGAUGGGGGGGGGGAUGAUCAGCCAUGCCUUGUUAAAAUGCCCAGACUACCCAAGCAGAGCAAAAGCCUCUUGUCAAACAAAACGUCUCUUGAGAAGACGUUUUCAAAUCAACAUUGACAUUAGUGGCUUUUUUUGAACUCGUCUUCUGUUUUCAACAUGUCACAUGAGAUGGGCAAGGCAUGCUUUGAAUAACCCCAGUUAUUUGGAAAACAUUUGCAAAAGGGGGGGGAUGUAUCAGAAUUCUCACUCAGCAGUUAUAUAAGAACCAUAGAACCAUAGAAUUUAUAGAGUUGCGAAGGGACCUUAAAGGGUCAUCUAGCCAAACCCCCUGCAAUGCACAGAGAUGAGAGAUUUUGUUUUUAAAACUUGCAUAGAAUUUUUGAAUUAGGAUUCAGGCACACAGACCUGGAGGCACAAGUUUUGUGGUGUGAACUGGCUUUUACCUGGGCUUUCCCAAAGCACCUUCAGACUGUCGCUAUUUUGGGGUGGGACUCAGUCACAUACUGGCAAACCCAGGCUGCUUAAAGGUAAAGGGACCCCUGACCAUUAGGUCCAGUCAUGGCCGACUCGGGUUGUGGCGCUCAUCUCACUUUAUUGGCUGAGGGAGCCAGCGUACAGCUUCCAGGUCAUGUGGCUGGCAUGACUAAGCUGCUUCUGGCGAACCAGAGCAGCGCACGGAAACGCUGUUUACCUUCCCACCGGAGCGGUACCUAUUUAUCUACUUGCACUUUGACGUGCUUUCAAACUGCUAGGUUGGCAGGAGCAGGGGCCAAGCAACGGGAGCUCACCCCAUAAUGGGGAUUCGAACCGCCGACCUUCUGAUCGGCAAGUCCUAGGCUCUGUGGUUUAACCCACAGCGCCACCCACAUCCCAUCCAGGCUGCUUAAUUAAAGUUCAUUUGGAGUUCUCCUGCAGCAAAUCUACUUGUCCCCGCUGAAUGAGACUUUUGCCAUAAGGAAAAUGCACUAGAAAGCACAGGGUAACAUUUAUUUGAUGCAACACCUUCUAACAUCCUGCAAGCAAAUCGGAAUGAAAGAUCAGUAAAUAGCCGAGGAUUUCUAACCUCGCCACAUAAUUUGUACAAGCAAAUCAGGAUGGAUGCUCUAUAUACAGUGGUACCUCUGGUUGUGGACAGGAUCCGUUCUGGAGCUCCGGUUGGAUCCUGAGGUUUCCGCACCCGGAGGUGCCUGUUCUGCGCAUGCACGCAGCACGAUAGAGCGCUUCUGCACAUGCGCGAGCAGCGAAACCCGGAAAAAUACUUCCAGGUUUGCGGCUUUUGCAACCUGAAGUUUACGUUACCCAAGGGUAAUGUAAGCAGAGGUUCUACUCUAUACAGGUAAUCUGGACUCCAUCAGAUAAAUAAGAAUGGUUCUGUUUAAAAUGUGCGGUGCUCCCAGAAGCUGCGCUUACUCUGGAAAACGGCUCUCUAGCCAGGGUCAGGACUGUGGUGCAUAUUUUAACACACUGUGUGUUAGAAACUCAGAUAUAUAGUCUAGGAGCCAAAUGGCUCCUUAAAACAGAGCUUUCCAAACUGUGUGUCGCGACAUGUUCGUGUAUCGACUGCAGAGUGUAGGUGUGUCGCAUGAACGCUCCCUGUGCUCCUCUCGGGGCUGGAAAGGGGUUAGUUUAACCUCCGGUUUGCUAGUAAAACUGAAUUACCAUGUUGUGAAAUGAUGCAUGUCUAAAAAGUGUUGUCACCAACAUGAAAAAUUUGGAAAACUCUGCCUUAAACCAAAGUUGCAGUCGCCAAAAUGGAAUGACUAGCUUCCAUUUUGGGGCCAGACAUCUCUAAAACCUUGUUUUUCAAAUGACAGAAUGACUGUGAUUGAUUCUCAGUGAAACAUCUGGCUAGUUCAGAUGACAACCUUGAGCUAGGUUAAGAGCUUUGAGAACUUAAAAGAUGAAAAGUCACUUGAUCCAGGGACAGCCCCCAUAUAUAUUGGCCUAUUCCGACCUCUUUUUCUUAAUGGUGACUGCUCCUGCUCAGGCUGCACAGGAAAAGCAGUUUGGUUCCAGAAAUUCAUUCUGAUUGUGCAGAUAAAAUAUAACUGAUAGAAUUCUACAGGGGUGGGGUUUUAGUGUGUGAAAACAGUCCCAAUCCAAUGAUUCCCAGAUGGUGGGGACGUCAGGCGCCAUCCCGGCACCUAAGCAUCUUCACUUGGUCGCAAGUGGUCAAAAGCCAGGUGCAAAAUGAGUCUGGCCUCUGGCUAAUUUCGAGCACUGAACACACACAAACACACAAAAGUGGUCGCAGUGAUGAUGUCCCCCCCCCCAAAAAAAGCCUCCCCCUGCUAGCAGCAGCUUUGUGGGGGAGGUGAUUUGAAGUGGGACCAUGAUUCGAAUUGCCACCCUCCAGCAGAUGGUGUGUGGACAAGACAUGUUAAGUGCUGCCAGUGUCAGUUAUUGUUCUGUCUACUGAUAAUUCAGUACAGUGGUACCUCGGGUUAAGAACUUAAUUCGUUCUGGAGGUCCGUUCUUAACCUGAGGUACCACUUUAGCUAAUAGGGCCUCCCGCUGCCGCCGUGCCGCCAGAGCAUGAUUUCCGUUCUCAUCCUGAAGCAAAGUUCUUAAACUGAGGUACUAUUUCUGGGUUAGUAGAGUCUGUAACCUGAAGCAUCUGUAACCCGAGGUACCACUGUAGUUCCUUUGCAGCUGCAGUGGUGAGUCUUUAGAGAUGCACUCAGGAAAUGUUGUUGGUUAGAAAACUCAUUCGUAGAUACUUGUUUGGAAUUACAGUGGUACCUCGGGUUACAGACGCUUCAGGUUACAGGCGCUUCAGGUUACAGACUCCUCUAACCCAGAAAUAGUACCUCGGGUUAAGAACUUUGCUUUAGGAUGAGAACAGAAAUUGCGUGGCGGCGGUGUGGGAGACCCCAUUAGCUAAAGUGGUACCUCAGGUUAAGAACAGUUUCAGGUUAAGAACGGAUCUCCAGAACGAGUUAAGUUCUUAACCCGAGGUACCACUGCACCUGUUUUUCAAUCUACGCCUAUGUAGGGCUGGGUAACAUCAGCUUUCCAGCAUCACGGUCCAGCAUCCCCGGACCCCAUCCCUGGCAGAGCAGUCCCCGGUGCUCCCCCCACUUUCGGGGGAGCCAGAGCUGGGCUGGGGGAUCCUUUACCUGCUCGGAGGAGAGCAGCAACUGCACGCUCCUCAGCCGAGCAGUUAAAAGAUGCAGAGGGAGGAACAAGCUUUGCAGAUGCAGUUUCUUUCUCCUUCUGCAUAGCAUGAGGGCAGAAUGGGAUGGCGGUUUCACCCAGCGAUAUAUUGCUGCUGAAACCACUCCUGAGUCCCUCUUCUCGCAACGCUCGCUGGAGGAAGUCGCCAGCAGAGGGACUUGGGAGCAGUGGCGGUUUCACCAGUGAUACAGUGAAGCCGACUCUGUGGUCUGCUCCUCAGUCCGGUCCUGGGUGAUCUAUUGAUAUAUCGCCCAGGCCUACACCUCAACAAUUUCCCUUAGACGCCCCAUUGAAUUCUGAAGCCAUUUCCAAAUAAGUGUGUGAGAGACAUACUUAUGGGAUGAGGGAUAGGGGAGGCCAUUAGCUUUGCAUCUCAUUUGCUGCCUUUAAGCAUUUAUUUGCUGCCUUUAAGCAAAUAAAUUGGGAGAUGCGAUCAAGAGUCUCCCACGUAAUGUCUAGUUUUACCCUAGUUGGCCAUGUUCUACACCCUCAAAAAACUAGUUAGGGGUUCUUUUGUGUGUGUGUGCUUCUCUGGUCAGAUUAUUAUUUUGGUUGUCAUUUAGUUGUGUCCGACUCUUCGUGACCCCAUGGACCAGAGCACGCCAGGCACUCCUGUCUUCCACUGCCUCCCGCAGUUUGGUCAAACUCAUGUUCAUGGCUUUGAGAACACUGUCCAACCAUCUUGUCCUCUGUUGUCCCCUUCUCCUUGUGCCCUCCAUCUUUCCCAACAUCAGGGUCUUUUCCAGGAAGUCUUCUGUUCUCAUGAGGUUGCCAAAGUAUUGGAGCCUCGGCUUCAGGAUCAGUCCUUCCAGUGAGAGCUGAAUGAAUUGUUCUGUGUUACUGGUUCUCAGGGAAAAGGAAUCGUAACGAGUUCUGGAAAACCUAUGUUGCUAAUUAAAUCUACCAAAAUUUGGCCCCAUAUCUCUGCCCCCAAAACCAGACCAGUUUUGCAGGGCAUGGAAAUGGGUGGCGGUGUAGUUGGCAUUUGUACGCAGCCUGAAAGAUGAAUGACUCUAAUUGAAUUUAGGAGACAUAAUCAGAUGUGGCCGCUGCUGGAAUUUCUCCCUUGAGUGCAUCCAUCCUUAGUAAUUGCUCGUUUAUUAGCUCUGCAAAAUGCACAUACCCGCUUCUCCACUGUCUUUCUACCCCUUCCCUAACAAGGAAUGUGUUCGUUUUCGGUUUAUAACCUGCCUGUACCUAAAGGCUCGAAAAGAAUCCUGCUGGAAUGUUUUUCAGCAGGUGAGAACAGGGGUUGAGCUGGGGAGGGGCUUAGCCCCCACCUAGACCUUUCCUGUUGCAUCCCCCUUGCCUUGCCUUGCUGCUGGUAUCACAUGCUGCAGACAAAACGCUGGCAGGACAAUAGCUCAGUCCCUAGAACAUGAGACUCUUAAGGGUUGUUGGUUCAAUCCCCAUGUUGGGCAAAAUAUUCCUGCAUUGCAGGGGUUGGACCAGAUAGAUGGCUGUUGUGGGCCUUUCCAAUUCUGUGAGAGCCAGUGUGGUGUAGUGGUUAAGAGCUGUAGACUCGUAAUCCCGGUGAACUGGGUUCGCUUCCCCGCUCCUCCACAUGCAGCUGCUGGGUGACCUUAGGCUAGUCACACUUCUCUGAAGUCUCUCAGCCCCACUCACCUCACAGGGUGUUUGUUGUGAGGAAGGGAAAGGAGAAUGUAAGCCACUUUGAGACUCCUUAAAGGUAAAGGUAAAGGGACCCCUGACGAUUAGGUACAGUCGUGGCCGACUCUGGAGUUGCGGCGCUCAUCUCGCUUUAUUGGCUGAGGGAGCCAGCAUACAGCUUCCGGGUCAUGUGGCCAGCAUGACUAAGCGGCUUCUGGAGAAUCAGAGCAGCGCACGGAAACGCGGUUUACCUUCCCACUGGAGCGGUACCUAUUUAUCUACUUGCACUUUGACAUGCUUUCGAACUGCUAGGUUGGCAGGAGCAGGGACCAAGCAACAGGAGCUCACCCCAUUGUGGGGAUUCGAACCGCCGACCUUCUGAGCGGCAAGUCCUAGGCUCUGUGGUUUAACCCACAGCGCCACCCGCGUCCCUUGAGACUCUUUAGGGUAGUGAUAAAGCAGAGUAUCAAAUCCAAACUCCUCCUCUUCCUCCUCCUCCUCCUUCUUUGAUUCAAAGGCUGGCUCUUAUCAGACUGACUAUAGCUCUUUAUGGGAGCAACAGUGGUCAUCCCCUCUACUGAUCUUGCCCUGCAGGUUAACUGGUGUCUUGUCUACCCUGGUGAUGCUAUUAUUGAAAGCCAAGUCAGUACCUAGUAGGGCCACCCUCAGCCAUGAUUUAGUUAUGCUUGAGCCGGGAACUGGCCUGAAUGGAAGAGCUGAAACCUGGGUGGGAGAAAUGGGUUGGAGUGGAUUGAACUCGACUCCAUACCGACCAAGAUUGGAGUGGGUGUCACUGUAGGCAGCCCCACACUGGAUCUCUCGGCAGGUUUUGCUACCAAUGACUGUGUUGUCCUCCUGGGGUGUCUCUGCGAGUUGGGUGUUGGGGGGCACUGCUCUGGAAUGCCCCCCCCACUUGCAUGGCUGGUCUCUGGGAAUAGCAUGAAGCUCUGUGGGCCAAUGUUAUAUCCCCAAUGCAAUUUAACUUCUUUAUGAAGCCAUUGGGAGCAGUAGGGAGAUAGGGGACCUCGAAACCUAACCUGGUAUGGAUUGGACGCCUUCCAGUUUUGGGAGGGAAACGGCUGUCUAUCCCAGGAAUGAGUCUUAUACUUAGGUAAAUUUUGUGACAAUUUGCUUGCCAUUGCUUGAGGUCCAGUGCUGAGGGCCUUCUGGCGAUUCCCUCGCUGCGAGAAGCCAAGUUACAGAGAACCAGGCAGAGGGCCUUCUCGGUAGUGGCACCUGCCCUGUGGAAGGCCCUCCCACCAGAUGUCAAAGAGAAAAGCAACUACAGUGGUACCUCGGGUUACAUACGCUUCAGGUUACAGACUCCGUUAACCCAGAAAUAUUGCUUCAGGUUAAGAACUUUGCUUCAGGAUGAGAACAGAAAUUGUGCUCCGGUGUGCAGCAGGAGGCUCCAUUAGCUAAAGUGGUGCUUCAGGUUAAGAACAGUUUCAGGUUAAGUACGGACCUCCGGAACGAAUUAAGUACUUAACCCAAGGUACCACUCUACCAGACUUUUAGAAGACAUCUGAAGGCAGCCCUGUUUAGGGAAGCUUUUAAUGUUUAAUAGACUAUUGUAUUUUAAUAUUCUGUUGGAAACCGCCCAGAGUGGCUAGGGGAACCGAGCCAGAUGGGUGGGGUAUAAAUAUAUUAUUAUUAUUAUUAUUAUUAUUAUUAUUAUUAUUAUUAUCUGUUUGAGAUAUUACCCAGCUCUUUUCUUGCCUCUUACAUAGGCAUACGGUUUGCUUGAUUUUUUUUAAGCCGCCGCUACUACUACUGUAACGGAGCUUCCCGUUUUACUGCUGUGGUUUGUGGUGGAAUGUUAAACACAAUCCUGGCAACGGCAGUACAUUUCUUGCACACAGUCCGUGCCUUUGGGCCGCCGUACCCAGACCUAGACAUUGAGCGUGUGUGUGUGUGUGUUCUGCACGUCCGUGGCUGAACAUGGAGCCAGAACUAGAAAAAUAGUUUGUCAGGAGAGGAGACCAGACUGGGCUCUUCUCUCUGACAUGCUAGCUUUUUGGAUGCAGGGACUUCUUCAGACAUGAUUCCCCCUCCCCACCCCUUAUACCAUUUGAAAUGAUGCUGUUCGGGAGAAGCUUCACCCUUCUUUCCGAGCCAGUGUUGUGUAGUGGUUAAGAGCGGUGGAUUCGUAAUCUGGGGAACCGGGUUCGCUUCCCGGCUCCUCCACAUGCAGCUGCUGGGUGACCUUGGGCUAGUCACACUUCUCUGAAGUCUCUCAGCCUCACUCACCUCACAGAGUGUUUGUUGUGGGGGAGGAAGGGAAAGGAGAAUGUUAGCCGCUUUGAGACUCCUUAGGGUAGUGAUAAAGCGGGAUAUCAAAUCCAAACUCUUCUUCUCUUCUUCUUCUAAUUGUAUAAAUUAGCAGCUUUCAUUUUUCUCUGGGGACGGGUGACCUCUGAACAGCAAGGCUGCAGAAUGUUGCUUUUUAAAAAAACAAAGCAAAACCACGCAGCUGAGCCAGAAAACAGAUAAAAAUGGAAGAAUAAUACUUUUUGCUCUGACUUCCCCUUUGUCCUCAGAAAAGCCUUUGCCAUUCUCAGCGGUAAUGCAAAAUUAUGACAACUACAGGGAGUGAAGUUCCGUCCUGUAGCUUCCCUUUAGUGUACAAUACCUGGCUGAGUUACAAAUCGGGAAAUCCCUGAUAUGAAUCCACAAUGAACUCGCUAUCCAGGCUGGCAACUUCUAGCACUGUGCAAUCACCGCGUUUUCCACUCUCUGCUGCUGCUGCUGCUGCUGUUUAAUUUCUGAGUUGUUUCUUACAAAGAAGUAUUGAAGCUGUUUAUGGGCCGAAUGAAAUGCAGUGGUACCUCAGGUUAAGUACUUAAUUCAUUCCGGAGGUCCGUUCUUAACCUGAAACUGUUCUUAACCUGAAGCACCACUUUAGCUAAUGGGGCCUCCUGCUGCCGCUGCACCGCCGGAGCAUGAUUUCUGUUCUCAUCCUGAAGCAAAGUUCUUAACCCGAGGGACUGUUUCUGGGUUAGCGGAGUCUGUAACCUGAAGUGUGUGUAACCUGAGGUACCACUGUACAUAUCGGUACAUCUGUUUAUAAAUGUUUAUUCACAAUACAAACAUGUAAAAUGAAAAAAGAACAAAUCUUUCCCCACCCAGCCGUAGGAUGAGCACCCAGCUGCUAGCAUAAAAAAACAUGGCUGCAAAAACUAAUAUGGCAGUGCCCCAGAACCCAGGAGAAUAGGAACAUCUUUACUUGGUGUUUCAAGAUUAUAGCGUUGGGGGCCUGGCAAACUUCCCUGGGGAGACACUUAUGUGUUCCACAGCCUGGGGCCCCCAUUUUCACCAUUGUCACAUCCUUCCAGCCUUCUCUUGGAGAUGGCACAGAGGGAAUUGAAAUUACCGCUGACUUCCCACACUCUUUUGGGUGUACAUCUUUUUGUGUUCCAUUCAGACUGUUGGGCGUGACAAAGCUUCGUGAGUGUGCCAUUUUGUGCAGUGGGUUUUAUUUUUCUAAUCGAUUUCUACAUUUGCACUGAGGGAUGUUUCUAAAAACUUUAAGCACUGCUGCGUGAAUAUAUGUGCUUUUAAUAUGGGCCCUAUGUGUUUGACCACAACUUUAAAAAUUGAAUGCGGCUGGGAAGGGAUUGACAUACUGCUAAAAUGGCGGUGAUCAUUCCGAAGUGUUGCCUGAAAUAUCACUGCACUUGUCAAAACCGUGAGAAAGCAUCCUUAAGGUGUUUUUACACCUAAGGUGAUCCAUGGGGAUUGCGGAGCUGUUCUGCUCCUUCCCUGCAAGCAAUUCGCACUGUCAUGUAACUGCCCUAUAGACAAAUCAGAAUAAAUGGUAUGUACUGUUCUGUAUUGGGGGGAUGGGCAGACUCCCCAUAAUCUCCACAUUCGGUGAAGGUUCAGAAUUUGAGCAAACUCAUGCAUUCGUGAAUUUAGCGAGGGCUGGGAAUAACACCAGCUAUCAUCCCCAUGAGGCCAACCUGGUGAUGGUGGGUCGUUGAAGAAACAUUGGUUUCCGUUAGCCCCUCAAUGGAUGUAAUCAACCUGGCAGAAGGCCCAUAGGGGGGUUGCCAGGGUAACAGGGGUGUGUGAUGUCACCACAGGAAGAGAGGGUGUCCUUGUACAACAGAGGUGUGGGGAGCAGGGGUUUCUGGGAAGAAAGAACAGGAAGUGGGCAGAACUCCAUGCAGGGACUAAAGAGCAGCAGGCUGUUGCAAAGAGAGAGUAGGACGGUGCAUAGGAUGCCUCCAUAUCCAUUGCUGGGCUGCUACGAAGUACAAGCCCCUCUUGGGAUGUAAACGCGAUGUUCUCUGUCUCCAUAAAACUCUGCAAACGAACCAUAUUUCUUAAAGCCACUAGUCUCUGCUGCAUCUCAAUUUCCCCCAAGGAAACAGAAACUCUGGUUGAGUGCCAAGACCCCUGGAAUCUCCUACUACCACUCGGCAGAAAUUGGGGUGGCCUGUAACAGUAUGGAAACCAGACAUAGUUUUCACUGUUGUGCAAGGGUUGUGUAAAUCAGGAUGCAUGCUGAAUAAACGGCUCGUUCGUUUCUCCGAGAGACAAAAAAAACCCCAUAAAAGUACAACCAUUGGAUGAUGGGAUUCGGAGAAGACCUUCUCCCACAGGCUGAUCUAAAUGGCUAGGAUUGCAGUUCUAGCCCCCCUUCCUUUCCUUGCUGGUUUUGGGGGUGGCUAGGAUGGUGGGCAAGGGACGCGGGUGGUGCUGUGGGUUAAACCACAGAGCCUAGGGCUUGCCGAUCAGAAGGUCGGUGGUUCAAAUCCCCGCGACAGGGUGAGCUCCCGUUGCUCGGCCCCUGCUCCUGCCAACCUAGCAGUUCGAAAGCACGUCAAAGUGCAAGUAGAUAAAUAGGUACUGCUCCGGUGGGAAGGUAAAUGGCGUUUCCGUGCGCUGCUGUGGUUCUCCAGAAGCGUCUUAGUCAUGCUGGCCACAUGACCCGGAAGCUGUACGCCGGCUCCCUCGGCCAAUAAAGCGAGAUGAGCGCUGCAACCCCAGAGUCGGUCACGACUGGACCUAAUGGUCAGGGGUCCCUUUACCUUUAGGAUGGUGGGCAAUUCGCCUCUGCACCAACUUCUGCUGGCAUAGAGGAAUGCUGGCUCUCUCUGCCCCCAUUACGACUGCUCUGCCUGGCACCUUUCACAUGAGAUAUGCAUGCACACACAAGAUUAUUUUUUUAGCAGCGCAUGUGAACAUAGCUCAUUUGGGGUAAAAUACGGAACGGAAACUCAACCCCGGUUGUAGCUUUUACAGCCUCCCAUUACGGAAAAAAGACUGUUUUAAUCUCCAUGUAUGUGGACACCUUAAAAUGGUAAAGAGAGCAUGAGGCCUUGAGGGUUGGGGUAAAUGCCAGAGGAAGGAGACUUCCGCAGUCUCCCUAGGCAGCUUCUUCCUCUGCUGAAAUAGCCUUGGAAGUGGGAAGGGUUUCUCCCAUAAAUAUAAUCUUUUUCCUAAUAAGGCGUGUUGGCCUGUCUCCUGAAAGAUAUUUCUGUCUCUGUCUUUUUUUUUAAAAAGAGUCAUACUCUGGGAGAUAAGGGCCUAGGAUUGGAGAAGGUUAACUUGCCCAUGUCCAUGUUUGGAUUGCCUCUUGGCUGUAAUGUUUUCCCUGCAUGGUACAUACAUGUUAAGCCUUUUCCCCCUUUUCUUUUAAAAAAAAAGGAUUGGACAACUUCACAGCUCUUGUUUAUUAUUUUUAGCUCAUCCUUAACUUCACAGAGUUCAAGGUGGAAGACAUACAGUUUUCUCAAGCCUGUUUUAUACCUAACAAGUUUGUGAGGGAGCGUUGGGUUCAACCUGAAGUUCUCCAAUAGACUUCAUGGCUGAAUGGGUGUUUGAAACCAAGUCUCCCUAGAUUAUGAGUUUGCGUACUUACACCAAACUGACUUUUGACCCACUUGGCAAGGUGGAAUUUCCAUGAAGAGCACAAAUACACUUCCUUUAUUUGUUGGCUGCGCUUCUGUGCUGAUAAACGGCACUUAGGGCUGGGCGAUAAUCUGGUUUUCAACAUCGUGAUUAUAUCACCAGCCAAACAUUGCUAUGCACCAAUAUAUCACAAUGUCUAAAAUAAGGAUGGAGACAUUGGCUGGCUUCAUGGUUCCCCCCACAUUGGUGAUUUUUGCUUAGCACACCCCCAGACACCAUGAUUUGCAGUAUAGUGCCAGCUAAAAACCAUGAAACUGAUAUCAUGAUAUGGACUUCAAACCGGUUUUGGACAAUAUAUCGCCCAGCCCUAAUGGCACUCUGAGCUACCAAUGACGCCUUUGCCUCAUGCAACAGUGCAGGGUCCAAACUGUGAACCCGAUUCUUUAGGGGCACAGAACCACAGAGCUUAGGGCUUGCCGAUUGGAAGGUCGGCGGUUUGAAUCCCUGCAACAGGGUGAGCUCCCGUUGCUCCGUCCCUGCUCCUGCCCACCUAGCAGUUCGAAAGCACGUCAAAGUGCAAGUAGAUAAAUAGGUGCCGCUCCAGCGGGAAGGCAAACGGCAUUUCCGUGCACUGCUCUGGUUCGCCAGAAGCGGCUUAGUCAUGCUGGCCACAUGACCCGGAAGCUGUACACCAGCUCCCUCGGCCAAUAAAGCGAGAUGAGCGCCACAGCCCCAGAGUCGUCCACGACUGGACCUAACGGUCAGGGGUCCCUUUACUCUAACCACCUUCAAACCAUGUUGAACACUGCCCAGCUAGGCAGAUUCUUGAAAACCAGAGGAUGGUAUACAACAGUAGGACAUCAUAUUCCAGGGUGGGUUGAAAAAACACACAACCCAAUGAUUUUAAAAGUUGCAUUUUAAAACCAGACUUUAAAAUUUUAAAUAGGAUCUUUUUUUAAUGACUUUGUUGAUUGUUGGAACAAUGGGGCAGUUGCUGUACACACCUUCCCAAGCACAUGACUAUGCAGAGUUACCUGUGCAGACCACCUGAAUGAAGCCUGUGGAACAUUGGUGCUCCCUGCACUUUGGGAACUCCUGCAGUAGGCUAUAUUCUAGCCAUGCAAAAUUAAUUUUCUACACACACACACCCCCCAACCCCAACCCCAUUCUCUGCAUUUUCCAUCUAAGCAAGUGGCAUCACUGCUCAAGGAUGCUUUCCAACCAGGCAGAACUACUUAAGAAGGGUGCAGAACAGGAUGGGGUGCGCAUGGCCUGGAGAGAGUUUUCAGGGCCAGAUAGAAGCACAUUUGGCCCCCUGGACCUGCAGUUCCCCACUCCUGCUUUAAACUAAGUUAUCAAAUGUUAAAUAACAUGCCUUUGAGGUUUAUAAAUUACGACUUGACACCCAGGCAGCAUUUGCUUUAGGGCCAGUUCAGAUAUAGACUGCAUUGUUCACUUAGAACCCGAAGCCAAGGAGUACGCUUUGUUAAGCCGUUUGGAUCCACUGGACCCAAAGCCUCAUGGAUCCCCUUGAGAUCUGGCCCUCAGCUGCAUGAGCCUGGAGCCCAGGAAGUAUAAAUGCUGUAAUAAGCAGAUAUGUUUUAAUGGUUACAACUACCAAUUAGUUAUACAUGCUUACUUAGGAAAUAUGUUAAUUGGAAUGUUGGAGGCUUUAGCCUCCUCCUUGGUGAUUUAAAUAAUAAUUUAAAUCAGUCUGUGAUUUAUAUAAAUGCCCUGCUUGUGAGUAAAUACACACACUCAAAUCCACAUUUGUACAUAGUUUAAAAACACAAAGUGAAAUAGAUAAAGCAUAGCAGCAGCAGCUAAUUUCAAAAUACCACUUGGCAAUAAUUUUCCUUUCCAUUGUGUGAACCGGCCUUUUCCUUAGUUGGGGUGUAAUGUGGGGUUUUUUAUGUUGGUCUUUGGAAAUGUAGAGAAUGGUUAAAUUAUUCAAGUAUAUAAGUAGAGGACAACAUGCAAUGGUAGAAACAUGUAUAUGCAAAAUGUUGGUAGACGAAAGUUUCGCAGAGCUGGAAAUUUAUACUUAGGUGCGUUUUUGUAGUAUAUUUCACGGCACAACAGGACAAAUCUCAUUUCCUUGCACUGUUUGCACGUUAACCAGUCUUGCGGUAUUUCUGCUUCAGAUUCCUUGCACUCUUGCAAAGUGGCUUGGGGAUUAAGGGGGCUUUUGCUUUGUUUAUAUCGAGAUAUUAAUAGCCACGUUCUCUUCUCCCCCAAUCCCCCCCCUUUUUUGUUCUUAGCUAACAGCCUUUGACCACCACCAUGAGUUGGAGUUUCCUGACACGUCUCCUCGAAGAAAUCCACAACCACUCCACGUUCGUUGGGAAGAUCUGGUUGACGCUGCUGAUCGUCUUCCGCAUCGUCCUCACCGCCGUGGGAGGCGAGUCCAUCUACUACGAUGAGCAGAGCAAGUUCGUGUGCAACACGGAACAGCCGGGCUGCGAGAAUGUUUGCUACGACGCUUUCGCCCCGCUCUCCCACGUGCGCUUUUGGGUUUUCCAGAUCAUCCUCGUCUCCACUCCCUCGGUGAUGUACCUGGCCUACGCCAUUCACAAAAUCGCCCGGAUGGUGGAGCACGGCGAGACGGAGAGGAAGUUCCGAAGCAAGCCUUUCCCCAUGCGCUGGAAACAGCACCGGGGCUUGGAAGAGGCUGAGGACGACCACGAGGAGGACCCGAUGAUGUACCCGGAGAUCGAGCUGGAGAGCGAGAACAAGGAAAACCCACCUCCGACCAAAGUGAAGCACGACGGCAGGAGGCGCAUCCGAGAGGACGGCCUCAUGAAGAUUUAUAUACUGCAACUCCUGAGCAGGACUGUUUUUGAAAUCGGCUUCCUCGUCGGCCAGUAUUUCCUCUACGGGUUCGAAGUGAGCCCGAGAUUCCUUUGCAGCCGGAAGCCGUGCCCGCACACGAUAGACUGCUUCAUUUCGCGGCCUACGGAAAAAACCAUCUUCCUGCUCAUCAUGUACGGCGUGAGCUGCCUUUGUUUACUUCUGAACGUGUGGGAAAUGCUCCACUUGGGGUUCGGCACCAUCCGGGACACGCUGAACAAUAAGCAGAAAGAGUUGGAGGACUCGGGGACUUACAACUACCCGUUCACUUGGAACACGCCGUCCGCGCCUCCGGGCUACAACAUCGCGGUGAAGCCCGACCAGAUCCAGUACACAGAACUGUCCAACGCCAAAAUGGCCUACAAGCAGAACAAGGCGAACAUCGCCCAAGAGCAGCAAUACGGCAGCAACGAGGAGAACAUCCCCACCGAGUUGGAGACCCUCCAGCGGGAAAUCAAAGUCGCCCAGGAACGCUUAGACCUCGCCAUCCAAGCCUACAACAACCAGAACAACCCAACCUGCUCCAAGGAGAAGAAGCCAAAGGGCAGCUCAAAUAAAAGCAGCGGCAGCAGCAAGUCAGGGGAUGGGAAAACCUCGGUCUGGAUUUGACGCUGCCCUGCCUGGGAAUUAAUGCUGUGCUGCUUACGCUGACCAGCAGACUCGCUGCCUAAGGAAUUCCAAUAAAUAAAAUGUUUGGCUUUGUUUAAGUUCAGGGGUGUUUGGGGCUGCCAGAGGACACUCUCCAAAGUGGUGGGGGCGGGGGGGGGGGGGGAAGAAGCGUUUGUGCUCACAUUCCACUGUUUCCAGAACAUUUAUUUCUUGUUUCUUCCAGGUCAGGAGAAGACCCGGGUUUAUUUUUUUAUUUUUUAAAAACCCAAUCAUUCUCGUUGGAACGGUUUACACUGUGUGUACAGCAUUAUGGUACAUUUUAUUAUGCACAAUUUUUGGUAUUUGUACAUUGGAUAUCUCAGUUAUACUUUUUAUAUUAAAAGGAAACAAAGUUGGUAA